CAGGCGUAGUGCGUCACGGGCGGCCUGGCGGCGAGCGCUGUGAAGUCAGACGCCAGCCCACGUCCCUGAGAUACCCCCGGCGACGGGACCUGCUUUCGGGGCAUGAGUUGGGGGCACAGUGCCGAGGCCAGCAGUAUUUCAUAGAGAUUGAUGGAAGCAGAAACCAAAACUCUUCCCCUGGAAAAUGCAUCUAUCCUUUCAGAGGGCUCUCUACAGGAAGGUCACCGGUUAUGGAUUGGCAACCUGGACCCCAAAAUCACAGAAUACCACCUCCUGAAACUCCUCCAAAAGUUUGGUAAGGUGAAGCAAUUUGACUUCCUUUUUCACAAGUCAGGUGCUUUGGAGGGCCAACCUCGAGGGUACUGUUUCGUCAACUUUGAGACUAAGCAGGAAGCAGAGCAAGCCAUCCAGUGUCUCAAUGGCAAGCUGGCACUGUCUAAGAAGCUGGUGGUGCGAUGGGCACAUGCUCAAGUAAAGAGAUAUGAUCAUAACAAGAAUGAUAAGAUCCUUCCAAUCAGUCUCGAGCCAUCCUCAAGCACUGAACCUACUCAGUCUAACCUAAGUGUCACUGCAAAAAUAAAAGCCAUUGAAGCAAAGCUGAAAAUGAUGGCAGAAAAUCCUGAUGCAGAAUAUCCAGCAGCACCUGUUUAUUCCUACUUUAAACCACCAGAUAAAAAGAGGACUACUCCUUAUUCUAGAACAGCGUGGAAGUCUCGAAGAUGAUGGUUGUGAAUUACUGGAGCAGUAAAAGUGUAUUGGUCUCCACACCUGAACUCCUUUGCCUUUGUACUUUGUAGAUGUGAAUGGUAUUAUCCAACAGAGCACAAUCACAUGUAGAGAGUUUGCUAACAACAUUUUUGGAUGUUCUAAUGGAUGUGUCUUCCCUGAACUAUGUGUGGAAUUGAGCAUCAUCCAGAAUAAAUAGGAUUGUGUCCAAAAUUGUGACUUGAACACUGAAAUGCUCUAGUUGGCUGGUUUGUUUGGGUUUGAAACUCCAAGAACAUCAUAUGCUGUGCCAGAGAAAAAGGCAAACACACAAAAUGUUAUUUAAAUCAGGAAAACAAAAAUUUAUUAAUAUCCAUCUAAAAAUAGAGCAUUUUUCUAUGUAUACAUCUUUUCAACAUAAAGAAAUAAAAGAGGGUAGGAAGUGAGAGACAGAUCUUAACCAUUAUUAGAACUUCUGUUUGAGAAUUUACAGUGGAAAUCCUUCCAGUUGGACUAAAAAAGAAAAUUCUUGGCAAAAAGAAACUGGUCCUUUGAGCAAAUGUAGUAAAAGAAUUAUACUUAUUGUUUCAAAAUCCCAAUUAGGAAAAUAUAUGGUAUAGAUCUUAAAAUUGUUUACAUCAACAGACAGAAAUUCUGUUUAGAAAUCAGCUUUCUUUCUAUAGUGAUCAUUCUUUUUAAAUCUAAUUCUGCCUUCUAUAUACCAAAUAUUACUAAUGUGGAACUUUGAAAAUGCACUUAUUGCAUGAGAUUGUUUUCAUAGCAUGAGAUUGUUCCAACUAGAAGUGUAUUAUGGUUAGUCUAAAUAGAAAAGGUAAAUUUCUUUGAAAACCUAAAUACUAUAUUGGUCCCUAUCAAACAUUAUUUUCUAACAUCAGUGUAAGGUCUAAGUAGAAGCAGCUGAUGCUCUUGUGCAGGAUGAGAAGCAAAGUAAAAUGCACACAGGAAGUCCAGUAGAGCAGCCACUACUCUGGCACCAAGAUCCCAAUCACUUUGUGUUGUGUGUAGUUUCAGAAAGACUGCAUGACUUAAAUGCUCCUUCAUUCAUAGAACAUAAAACAGACAUCUCCCUAGAUAUUUUUGCCUCUUUGGACAUCCUGCAUAGAAACAUGCAUAAACUGAUAGACUUGGGGAUGUAUUUAUUCAGCACAUUUUGGUGUCAGGCUUGACGAACUGUUUGAUCAGGCAGCACUGCUUCUUUUCUAGGUAGAUCACUUUGUUACUGUAGGUACCAUUCACGGUGAUUAAAGACUGUUUACCAUCAUGGUUCCUCACAGGGAGAGACUUUCAUUAUAGAAAUUUAAGUCUUCCUUGGUGUACAUGAGCUUAAGACACUGACUCAAACUUCAGUGUAGUGCCAGGCGUGGUGGCACACCCCUUUAAUCCCAGCACUUGGGCGACAGAGGUAGGAGAAUCACCAUGAGUUCAAGGCCACCCUGAGACUACAUAGUGAAUUCCAGGUCAGCCCGGGCUAGAGUGAGACCCUACCUCGAAAAACAAACAAAAAACCUCAGUGUAAUGAGGUUUUAGAGUCUGUAGAACUGGUUUAGAGAAAUCCUUGUCCCUUUUCCCAAGGUCAGGCUUUUAGCUGUCUUUAGAUAUCAAAUACUUUGAGAAUAUAUUAGCUACAUGUAUCUAUGAUACUAGUAACUCUCCUUUCACUUUGGGGAUAGUUCAGGGAGGUAGAGGCACUGUCUCCCGUUUUCUCUGGUGACUUGGAAUGUGGAAUUUACCAUUUUAUCUUUAAUUCCUCAGAGUGAUAUGGUGGAGUAGAACUUGAUGCAAUAGCCUUCUAUUUUUAGUAGGAAAUUAGAGAAUGCUUGGGAUUAUAUAGAAUUGUUUCCUGUAGAAACUAGAACUAUUUAUUUGUAUUUAAAGCAAUGUCUGUUAUUUGUACCAACUCUUUCUUCCUCCAUGUGAAUAAACACAAGACAGUGUC